CAUAAAAUCUCAACCCAACCCAACCCAACCCUAUAAGCUUAAACACAAAUCCCAAACCCUAAAAAAGAGGGCUAGGCUGGGCGGGCUACUAGACGAUGUACAUCCUUAUCCACUAAGUACUCUCCACAAGUCGUGGCACUACUGCUUGCUAGUGCCAUCAAACAACGGGCCCUAGAUAGUAGUCAGACUGAAGCUUUAAACACCAUUUUCAGCACAUAAAGAAAAAAUAUAACGGGUCUUCUCUAUCUUUCACAGGUCCUGACUGGGAGAUUGCAUGUGAAACUUUAGGCUCAUUUUUGCUUCUUGUAAUCUUCAUUGCAAUGUAUUGGUUCUAUAGACAAAAGAAAAUAAAGAGAAAGGAUCAUCUAAAGAUUGAGAGGUUCUUGGAGGAUUAUAGAGCUUUGAAGCCGGCAAGAUACUCUUAUGCCGAUAUUAAGAAAAUUACAAACCAAUUCAAGGACAAAGUAGGCCAAGGAGGAUAUGGAAUAGUAUACAGGGGACAACUUUCCAAUGAUGUUUAUGUUGCGGUUAAGAUCCUCAAUAGCACUAACGGAAAUGGAGAAGAGUUCAUCAACGAAGUGGGAAUAAUUGGUACAAUCCACCACAUCAAUGUGGUUCGCCUGGUUGGAUAUUGUGCCGACGGAUUCAGAAGAGCACUUAUUUACGAGUUCUUACCAAAUGAUUCGUUGGAAAAGUUUGCAUCAUCUGAUCGCGACAAGCGUUUACUUGGUUGGAAAAAGCUGCUAGAAAUUGCUAUGGGCAUAGCCAAAGGAAUUGAGUAUCUUCACCAAGGAUGUGACCAACAAAUCCUUCAUUUCGAUAUUAAACCACAUAACAUCUUGUUGGACGAGAACUUGAAUCCGAAGAUAACAGAUUUUGGUCUAGCUAAAUUGUGUUCUAAGGAACAAAGUGUUGUAUCCAUGACUACUGCUCGCGGUACCAUUGGCUAUAUUGCACCAGAAGUGUUCUCAAGGAACUUCGGGAAUGUGUCAUACAAAUCAGAUAUUUAUAGUUUCGGAAUGUUGUUGCUUGAAAUGGUAGGAGGAAAAAAGAAUUUCGAUGUAAUGGUCAAUAGCACUAACCAAAUUUAUUUUCCCGAAUGGAUUUACAAUCGUUUGGAUAGUGGAGAAGAGCUAGGAAUUCAUAUUCAAGAUGAAGGAGAUGCCAAGAUUGCAAAAAAGUUGGCAAUCGUAGGACUUUGGUGCAUUCAAUGGUAUCCAGUUGACAGGCCUCCAAUGCAUGGUGUGAUUCAAAUGUUGGAAGGAGAUGAAGACACUCUGAUCAAGCCUCCCAAUCCAUUUGCCUCUACAAAUCCAACUUUGGCCACGGGUCAAGCGAGUGGAAGGCCUUUUAACAGUGAGUUGGAAGUUAUUGUUGAAUCCGAGUGAGAAAGAUAAAACCACUAUCUUUAUCAUCAAUUGAUACGUGACACCGUGAGAUAUUAAUUUACCGAUCUAUAGCCUUACCAUAGAGCUUCUGUUGUGCUUUGAGUAAGUGAUUUGCCUCCAAUGUACUGGUAUUAGAAGAUCACGCCCAAUUCGUAACGUUACUUUUAUCGUCUUUUCUAGAGUUAUUGAUGGGAUUUCUAUCCCUUUGUUGUAGUCCAUGGUAGCUAAGAAACAUUUUGUACCGUAACAAAAACUAAGACUUUUGCAGAUUAAAGCUUGUGGUAUAGUUGUUUGGAAAUUUACUGGAAAUAUUGCUGAUAAA